AUGAGCAGUGAACUUUUCAGCUCGGGACUCUUCGACAGAAAUCAACACGGCGAAAUCGUUCUUCAUGAAUCUGUAGAGCAAAUGGCGCAGGAACUUAGAGUUGGAAACAAAUUCCGGCUGGGACGGAAGAUUGGCUCUGGAUCGUUUGGAGAUAUCUACCUUGGAUCGAAUAUCUACAAUAACGAAGAUGUUGCCAUCAAACUUGAAUCAACCAAAACCAGACAUCCGCAACUCAAUAUCGAAUCGAGAAUUUACAAAGCAAUGGCUGGUGGCAUCGGAAUUCCACAAAUAAAAUGGUCGGGGUCAGAAGGAGACUAUAAUGUUUUGAUCUUGGAGCUUCUGGGGCCGUCGCUGGAAGAUUUGUUCAACUUCUGCAACAGAAAGUUUUCGAUGAAGACUGUUCUCAUGCUCGCUGAUCAGAUGAUCUGCAGGAUUGAAUACGUCCACAGUAAAAACUUCAUCCACCGAGACAUCAAGCCAGAUAAUUUCCUCAUGGGAUUGAGGAAAAAAGGCAACAUGGUUUACAUCAUCGAUUUUGGUCUAGCCAAACGCUACCGCGAUCCAACAACCAACUUUCACAUUUCAUACAAAGAGCACAAGAGCUUGACCGGAACUGCCAGAUACGCCUCGCUGAACACGCAUUUAGGAUGCGAGCAAAGUAGGCGAGACGAUUUAGAAUCACUUGGAUACGUUUUGGUUUAUUUUAUCAAAGGCCAUCUUCCGUGGCAGGGGCUUAGAGCUGUCACCAAGAAACAAAAAUACGAUAAAAUCAAAGAGAAGAAACUGGGCACACCCCCUGAGGUAUUAUGCGGCGCGAAGAAUUCAGAAGAGGCACAUUGGAUGCACGCGUUUGUUCAAUACCUAAAAAUCUGCAGAACGCUCAAGUUUGAAGAGCGUCCGGAUUACACCCAUCUAAGGUGCCUGUUUAAAAAUAUCUUCACGACUGCCGGCUACAAAACCGAUUUCGUCUUCGACUGGAACAAAGUCGGCCCAACAAGUCGCUCGUAA